GUGAGUGUCACAGUUCAGCAGCGAUUAUGGCUGAAGGCAACAUUGACCAGUAAUCGACGACUCAUCAUCGCAGAACCGACUCCGGAAUCGGUUGUGCAGUUGUGGUCGAUGAUGGUUAUUCCCCCGAUUAUCGCCCCAUAAUCGACGAAUCCUGAUCCUCCCUAUUAUUGGUUCAUCUGGCGUCUAGCAUGCUGUUCACACGAGUACCUCGCAACAGCCCGUAGAAUUCGACCUGCAACUUGCAACGCCUGCCUGCCUCGAUGCAGAUAAUCCUUGGUUCCGCAAUCCCUUGACUGCAUAUCUGGAAAAUGGGAAAUAUACCAUCGAGAAUUAUUGCCCUGCUUUUCAGCCGCGUUAACAGGAUUUGGAAUCGCUUGUGCUCCGCUUUUUCGACUGCACAAGCAAUGACGGAUCCAUCUGAUUCUGACCAGAAUGCCAACAUAAUUCCAGAGUCUCAAGGGGCGAUACCUAAUGGCAGUUCUACUGCAGAAGGUGACGGCCCUGUCCUGGAGGUAACGACACACUCGCCGCCCGACCUUAGCAGUGCAGAAACAGCUCCAGAACCCCUGAGCUGGGAUUCUUAUUCUGUAUUCCCAGAGUCUCAGGCCCCGGAGGACCUCACUUUCCCCGUAGUCACCAUUUCUGCCUUCACUGAAACGGGCCAACAGGAGUCGUCGAUCAAAGUUCCAUCACAACGAUCCUACACCGGUCGAAAGCCCGUAAUAUCAUCCUCCCUCGCCGACACUCCAUGCGCUACCCUCGGUGUUAUGGGCCUCUUAGAUCAACUGAACACCACCCUCAGAACAUCACAUACCCUGGACACUCGAUCCAUGUCCUCCACUCUCGAAGACUGCAUCAAGAAUAACUACGACUUUGGCACUGCAUAUGGCCGUCUCCGCAUGGUAUGGGGCAUCAAAGACUGGAAUGCCAUCCCAGAUGGGCUACGUACACGUGAAGCUCGGGACCAGGAGAGGCGACGAGAUGCACUUGUCGGUAACCGGAUUGUCCAACCGAAUUUGGAACCUCGACGGGUCUGGGAUCUAUGCGCUAAUCGGGUGGUGCCAUGGUGGAGCAACAACGCGUUUCUAUACCCGAUGCCGUGGUUAAGUGCUGCAUGGACUGUUCGGCCGGUAUCGCAUGCGUGGAUGGACGCGAAGGAUCGCGUCAACGUCUGGACACCUAUCAAUGGGAAGGAAUGGCCUGUACCCAUCCCAAACGAUACCAACCUUGAUCUCAUCCGCAUCGAGAUGCUGAAUCUUGGUGAGCAGUAUGUGUGGUUGGAUGUCCUCUGUUUGAGACAGGAGGGCGGGCUAAGGGAGGACCUGCGUGCAGAAGAGUGGAAGGUCGAUGUGCCCACUAUCGGACGUGUGUAUAGGGACGCCGAAGUCGCGACCUACCUGAGUGGGCUGGGGCGGCCCUUUACUUUGAACGACGGUGACUUGGACAGUGAUUGCUGUUGGUUUAGACGCGCGUGGACACUUCAGGAGGUUGGCAGGAAGAGGAUCAUUGUCGGGGAUACACCUGAUGGACCGCUGCAUGCGAAACCAAUAGACAAGGAUGGGAACUAUGAUACUGAGAUACUGACUAGGUUUCACAAGCAGCUGCGGUCCAUCAGCGCUGUCAAUCAUCUGAGUCCGCGGCUGCCAGUCUCCCCCACGAUAUUUGAGGCCCUGUCACAGAUGCAGAACCGGGUAUCCACCAAUCCUGUAGACAAAGUCGCGGGACUGGCAUUCCCUCUGCUCCCCACGACGAUACCGGUAUACCAAGAGAGCGAAUCUCUCGAAGAUGCAUGGACGGAAUUGGUGAAUGCAAUGGAUGUGGAGAAUCGGGGUCGGCUGUUCAUCUCGUAUCCUGAACCAGGAGAUACGGGCAUGAAGUGGAGACCGUCAUGGGAGCAGGUCAUGAAGAAUCCUCUGCCUGUGAACGACUGCCCCUUUAUGACAAUUGAUUGGAAGACGAAUGAUAGCUGGUAUAAAGGGCCCUGCAUUGAAAAGGUAUUUGUGCGAGGGUUGGCUCCGGGAGGUGCAGCAGAGGUUGAGCGACGUGGCGAGCUGAUCAUUAAAAAUGCCAAUCUGACGGAACAUACAUUCGACAUCAUUGCACGCCACAAGUUCCCAAUACCUGAAGACAUCUACACAUUGCUUGGUAUGGAUGGAUUCGAUCUCCGACUGGUUCCCAAACGAUAUUGGGUUGUCGGGCGAAGACUAUCUGACGAAAAGUUUGAGAAAGUGUCCGUGUUUGAAAUAGUCUAUGAAGAAGCCCAAAGGAUGGAGCUUCUGGGCAUUACUAAACGGUGCCGGAACAUUCUUAUUUGAAGUGAGUAUAUAUUUUGUGGCUGUUCUAGAUUAUUACC